AAGUGGCCAUAACAGGCAACGGAGACGCGGCCUGGCCCCUGCGGCCAACGGUGCGCAUGGAGCCGCGGCGCCAGCGCUUGCAACGUUAGCCUGCCCGCUGGGGAUGACCUGAUGACGGCCUCUGGGCGGCCUGGCCGCCACUCGCGCCUGCUCGGGCUCCAGCUCGGGCAGUCGCUGGUCUCCAGCCUGUGCUUCUAUGUCUACGUUCAGCAGGACGUGCGAUCCGCGGCCUCGUCGCUGAAGCACUUCUACAAGAUGCUCUUCGGCAAGGAGCUGUCCAACACGCUGGGCAACCGAGUGAAGAGCAUUACCACGCCCCAGGGCCUGGUGAGCAGCCUUGAGCACCUGCACGCGAGCUACUUCAGGCUCCCAGAGCGGUCGCUCACGCAGUACGUGCUGUCGGAGCCAUCGAUCCUGGAGCUGGGCGUGGUCUGGCGCAACCGCUCCAAGUCGAGGCUGCUGCUCGGCGCGGGCGACCGCGUCGAGGCGCGGCUGCGCGGGCUGGCGGGGGACGCAGGGCUCGUGGAGGUGGAGUCGAUCGUGGCCAAGAUACCGGUCCUCGACCACAUGGGCGGCCACGCGCGUGCUCACUGGCCCAGCUGCUACAGCUGGGACCUGCGGCCCACGUACGAGGAGGCGGGAGCUGGCGAGCUCCGGCUCCUCCUGCGGUGGUCCAUCCGCGACUGCCUGGCCCUCGAGGCGGCCCGCACGGCGGCGGCCCUGCCGCCGGCGCGGCGGUGGUGGCUGGGCGGCGCGGCGCCGCUGGGAGGCUUCGGGCCGCCAGCGUGGAUGCGGGCACUGCUCCUCACGCAGGCCACCCUGGGGGCCUCCGCCCUGCUGGCGGGCAGGCCAGGGCGGCACUGGCGGCGGCCCCGCGGCGCGGCGCUCUGGCCGCAGCAGGGCCAGGGCGGCCGAGGCGUCCAGCUGCUGAUCGCGGCCACCAGCGCCGCGCAGGUGGCCGCGGCCGCGCGCUGCGCGGUGCCGGUCGAGGGCGCCAGCGUGCAGGUGCGCUUGCUGCUCCUCGGCUCGGCGUGCAGCCUCUCGCACCUGUGCCUGGUGCCCUCCCUGACAUCCUUCGACCGGUUUCACAUGCUCCAGCAGACGCUCUCCAAGGGCCUCCCGAGGAUACUCCGGUUCUUCACCGAGGUGGUCCCAGUGUACCUCGCAUACACGGUGCUCGGCGUCGCGCUCUGGGGGAUCAGCGACCAGGACGGCUUCCAGUCGCUCUCGCACUCGUCGGUGACGCUGUUCUCGCUGAUGAACGGCGACGUCAUCAAAGACACAUUCCUCAACCUGGGGGACGUCCACUGGAUGAUGGCUCAGCUCUACCUGUACACAUUCAUCGGCCUGUUCAUAUACGUGAUCCUCAACGCCGUGCUGGCCAUCAUGGAGGAGUCGUUCUCCCACACGGAAGAGAGCAGGAAGAUGUCCGCCUGCGCUGCUGGCGCCGAGGAGAAGGCAGGCGCGCCAGGUGCCCCCAGCAGCAGCGGCAGCAUCUCGCUCUUGGAGCCCGCACUGCCCUGCGCCGCUGCGGUGGCCUCGCCGCGCGCGCCGCAGGGCGCGGGCACCAGGGAGAGGCUCGAGCGGCUGCAGGCGCUGCGCGCCGAGAUCGCCGAGCGCGAGCGGGAGUGCUCCGCCAUCUGCCGGCAGCUCCUCGCCUCGCAGCCGCCCGAGGGCGUCUGAGCGGCCCCGCUCGGCCCUGGCCCGCCCGCGCCACCGGUGCACCCAGCCCAGCGUCGCGGCUCAAUCGCGCGCGCGUGGGCUAUUAACCAGAGUCCCAGGGCCCCCGCCCUGCUGGCAUCGAGGUUCGAGCAUCGAGGCUUUGGGGUGUUGGGGAGGCCCCUGUCGGGCCCCUCCGGCGGGAGGCCCUCCAGGUGGUCUCCGGGGGACACCCGCAGAUCUCUGGAU